AUGGAUGCUUACUAUCCAGGAAGGAAGCUCAGAAGAGACACUGAGGAAUAUCUGUCCUCUGAGUAUUAUGAGGACACUGUGAGCCAAGAGCAGCUGCAACUCCUGAUGACUGAUGACCAGGCCUGGGAGAAAUUCAUGGUUGAGGCUGGCUUGACCAGGAAUGAGGCAGAUGCACUGUAUGAAACUCUGAACAAUCUUAGCACAGACAUGGCCAUAGACGAUGAAGAUGAAGACAUGCUUCAAACUGAACAGCUAAACAGAGAGAGGUUUUUCAAUGACUUUCCUGAGGUGAAAAUGAAGCUUGAGGAACGCAUAAGAAAACUUCAUCAACUUGCAGAUAAGGUUGACAAGAUACACAGGGACUGCACCAUCUCCAACAUAGCGUCCACCUCUGCUGGUAUCAUCUCUGGCGUCCUGACCAUUGCUAGCCUAGCGCUAGCUCCUAUGACAGCAGGGGUUAGUCUGGGGCUCAUGGCAACUGGGGUGGGGCUGAGAGCAGCAGCUACUGUCACCAGCGUUUCUACCAGCAUCGUGGAAGAAUCAAGCAAGUUAUCAGCAAAAUCUGAAGCCAGCAAACUGCUAUCCACUGACAUUAACAUCAAGGUAGAGGUUGAGAAAGUUGUGAGUGAGAACACACCCAAACUUAUUUCCACUGCAAAUAAAUGUAUCCAAGCCUCGAAACAAAUAGAGAAGAGCAUCCAAGCCACCAAGCUGGCUAAAGUCAGCCCUCGUUUAGCAGCCAAUUCCAGGCGUCUCAUGACUGGUGGAAACAUAUCAGUCCGGAGUGGUAGGCAAAUGCAGAAAGCCUUUGGAGGCACUGCUCUGGCAAUGACCAAAGCAGCCCGGAUCAUGGGUAUGGCUACCACAGGCAUCUUCAUUAUGAAGGAUGUGGUCAACCUCGUGGAACAGUCAAAGCACUUACAUGAAGGGGCAAAGGAGGAGUCAGCUGAGGAACUGAGGCAGCAGGCUCAGGAACUGGAGAAGGUGUUAGAGAUACUGACCCAGAUCCAUCAGAUUCUUCCGUCAGAAGUAGGGAGCAGGGAAGACUAUUGGUAG